CACACACACACACACACACACACACACACACACACACACACAUACUGACGCACACCCACACUUCUUCUUUCACUAAAUAUGUGCAAUUAUUCCCACUUUCUUUUCUUUAUUGAAUCCAGCUGUGUGUGUGUCAUUAUGGAGUGCCAUUUAUUAGAAUAUAACAAGGUGUGUAAUGAUAUUAAGAAUGUUCCUGAUUUUUUUCUUCCUCUGCAGGUUUGCUGUUUCAGGAUCCUGUUGUCUGUAGAUUUAAUGAGAGUUGUCAGUGUUAUGUAGCUCUGGGACAACGACUGCACCUGAAAAUGCCCCUGGAGGAUGGGUUUGAACUAAAGAUCACAGACAAGACAUCUACCGAUCGUUUAAUUUUAAGAUAUAGAAAAACCCAAAGUAACCCACCAAAACCAAAUCACCCAAGAUGGCAGUUUGUUAAUGAUGAAAAAACUUUGAUACUAACCAGUGCAGAGAGGAGCGACUCUGGAACAUACUAUUUAGAAACCUUUGAUGCAAACGGGAAUAAUAAAGGCAGUUAUACUCUCCAACUGUACAUUGAAGCUGAGGUGUCCUCAGUGAAAAUGUGGUACAGCUGCUUGUUCCCUGGAGUCAUACAAGUUUACUGUUCUGCUGAUGGAGACAACCUCCGCUUCAACUGGAAUUCUGAUUUAAACACACGCCCUCAACUGGAGAACGGGACCAGCACUGUCAUACUGAAUAAAUGCCAUCAUGGAAGUGUCACCUGCCAUUCAGAAAAUCACAUCAGCCGUAACCACAAAACCACUGAAGUCCACCCAUGUCCUGAACCUACUACUGUAGCACCGACUUUUGCACAGUUUCCUAAUGGUUUGCUGUUUCAGGAUCAUGUUGUCUGUAGAUUUAGUGAGAAUUGUCAUUGACAAGACAUCUACCACUCAUUUCAUUUUAAAAUAUAGAAAAAACCAAAGUAACCCACCAAAACCAAAUCACCCAAGAUGGCAGUUUGUUAAAGAUAAUAAAACUAUGAUACUAACCAGUGCAGAGAGGAACGACUCUGGAACAUACACUUUAGACAUCUUUGAUGCAAACGGGACUAAUAAAGGCAGUUAUACUCUCCAGCUGAACAUAGAAGCUAUGGUGUCCUCAGUGAAGGUGUGGUACAGUUGUUUGUCUGCUGAGGUCACGAAAGUGCACUGUUCUGCUGAUGGAGACAACCUUCAACGCUUCAUCUGGACUGCUAAUCUAAGCACUCUUACACAGCUGGGAAACGCGCACAGCACUUUCCUGUUGGAUAAAAACCAUCAAGGAAACAUUACCUGCAAUGUAGAAAACCACGUCAGCCAUGACCGCAAGACCAUUGAACUCCACCCAUGUUCCGUGACCACUUCCACACAAUCUAAUAAUGGCCUCAUGGUGUUUGCAUCUGUGUGGCUCUUUGAAGUCAUCAUCCUGCUGUCGCUGUUUGUGGGAGCAUUUUAUAUCUACACCAGAAUCUAUAGGCAACAGAUAAUAACCGAUAGUAAGACAUGGAAAAUGUGCACAUCACCAGAGUCCAUAUGUAAGGUCUAAAGCGUCCAUGUGCAGUGAUCACCUGAGUGUCAUUUCCUUCCACAGUUCAGGAAGCUCUGUAAACAUGGAUUAGGAACAGAAGAAGCAGUCCCAAGCAGUUGGUCUCCUCCAUCCCAUUAAUUCAUCCACCCUGAACCACCAGAAAAAUAUAACCAUCAAUAACAGAUGAGGAACAGAGAAAACUAUUUUAAUUCCUCAAUCCACAUCAACUUUUCAAAGCCUAAACCAGUUUCAUGAUUCCUGCAGAUUUCUUGAUGAACCAAUUACUAGUUUUUAGAGUUGUUUCUCUCAAGCUUUAUUUUUAUUAUUCUAAAAUACAGUUCUUACUUAUUCAUGACUCUUAAUAAUGAUUCAGUUCAUUAUUCACUUCUAUUAUUAAAUCAGUCUACUUAAGACAAUAUGCAAUGAGUUUUGUGACAGUAGAGACUUGGCAGUAUUUAGAGGAUCCAUGUGUGGAGUCCAGAAACAGUCCAGAAAUCAGCAUCCAUAAAGCUUUCCAUGUACAGGGUACAAAGUACAAAGAAUAUUGCAUUUUGUACUAUAAAAGAACUAUAAUAUAAUAUAAGUACAACAAAUAUACAAAAGCAUUAUAAAGUAAUAAAGAACAAGUAGUGUCACCCUGUGUCAGUAUUUUUCUUUCUUACUGAUUGGCCAAUCUAAGUGUUUGUGUUUGUAAAGCUAAAACUGUAUAGAGUAUAUGUAUAGAGUUAGGGCUGAUUUUAUAAUUAGCAUGUUACGGUGUCACUCACUUUCACAGUUUAAAUUGAGUUUCUUUGUAUUCUUAUGCAUUUACUGGGAAUACAUUAGGGGGAAAAAAGAAAGUAAAGUUUGUGAUUGUGCAGGAUUAAACUGAUAUUAUAAUGACAGUUGGAGCUGAUAUAAAGCAUCUCACAUUAUAUUCACAGAUGUCACUAUAUUAUAAUUGUAGAUUUGUGUAAAUAAAUCCACUAAACAAUGUGACCAUAUCACCGUGUGUCAUGCAAACAUAAAAUAAAGGGAAUAUAUCCUGAUCAACUCACUUGUACUGCUAAUUUAUAGCUGUUUUAUUAUAGUGGAGACAUUUUGUUAGAGACAACAGCCUAAGAAACUAACAGUGUGAGUAGGUCUAAACUGAUAUUUUGCUGCCCAGAGAUGAACAGAAUGAACUAGUCUGUCCCUGGUUACCUCAGACAGUAUAAUUUUCAUAUCUGGAAUAGAUAUAAACAGUGAUAUAACAUCAACACCAUGGUCCUAUACCACAGUCCAACUUUUGUGAUUGUGA